UUUAGAUUCGCUUUCUUCCUCAUCUGCUUGCUUCCCUCCCACGUGACACGGCCUCGGAGGCUGCGGCGCGCCGCUGCUUGGAACCGUCGAGUCUGGAAAAAGCGGAGCUGGCAGCCAUGUCGAAGCGGCAUCGGCUGGAUCUCGGAGACGAUUACACUUCGAGCAAGAAAAGGGGUGACGGGAAAGACCGGGAUCGAGAUAGAGAUGACCGAUCAAAAGAUCGAGAGAGGGACCGCGACAGAGAGAGGGAUCGUGACAGAGACAAAGACAAGGACUCCAGGGGGGCAGCAAACCCCCCAUAUAUCACUCCUGCUGGGAUGCCGGCCGUGAAACCAGCGGUGCUCGCCCAAGGCGUAAAUCCGUUUACCAACCUACCCCACACACCACGAUAUUACGAGAUUUUGAAAAAGCGGCUUCAGCUGCCAGUUUGGGAAUACAAGGAGCGUUUCACAGACAUCCUUACAAGGCACCAGUCCUUUGUUUUGGUCGGAGAGACUGGCUCUGGAAAAACCACACAGAUCCCGCAGUGGUGCGUUGAUUACAUGAGAGGAUUACUUGGUCCCAAGAGAGGUGUAGCAUGUACCCAGCCCAGAAGGGUGGCCGCCAUGAGUGUGGCUCAGAGAGUCGCAGAUGAGAUGGACGUGAUGUUGGGUCAAGAAGUUGGUUACUCCAUUCGAUUUGAAGACUGUAGCAGUGCUAAAACUAUCCUGAAGUACAUGACUGAUGGUAUGUUACUUCGGGAAGCUAUGAACGACCCUUUGCUGGAGCGCUACGGUGUGGUUAUUCUUGACGAAGCUCAUGAAAGGACUUUGGCCACAGAUAUCUUGAUGGGUGUUUUAAAGGAGGUCGUGAGACAAAGAAAUGACUUAAAGGUUAUUGUUAUGAGCGCCACCCUCGAUGCCGGCAAGUUCCAGGUUUAUUUUGAUAGCUGUCCCCUUCUGACCAUUCCCGGUCGUACACAUCCCGUAGAAAUCUUCUACACGCCAGAGCCGGAGAGGGAUUACCUCGAAGCAGCCAUCCGCACCGUUAUCCAGAUACACAUGUGCGAGGAAGAGGAGGGAGAUCUCCUUUUGUUUCUCACUGGUCAAGAGGAAAUUGACGAGGCCUGUAAAAGAAUUAAACGUGAAAUUGAUGACUUGGGCCCUGAAGUCGGAGACAUCAAGAUCAUACCUUUGUACUCCACGCUCCCACCGCAACAGCAGCAGCGAAUAUUUGAGCCCCCGCCACCGAAGAAACCAAAUGGUGCAAUAGGACGAAAAGUUGUUGUAUCUACCAACAUUGCAGAGACUUCUUUAACAAUUGAUGGAGUUGUGUUUGUUAUUGAUCCUGGUUUUGCUAAGCAAAAGGUGUAUAAUCCUCGCAUUAGAGUGGAAUCCCUUUUGGUGACUGCUAUCAGCAAAGCCUCGGCUCAGCAAAGAGCGGGUCGUGCCGGUCGUACCAGGCCAGGCAAAUGCUUCAGGCUUUACACAGAAAAAGCCUAUAAAACAGAAAUGCAGGACAACACUUACCCUGAGAUUCUGAGGUCCAAUUUGGGUUCAGUGGUGCUACAGCUUAAGAAACUUGGUAUUGAUGACUUAGUACAUUUUGACUUCAUGGAUCCUCCAGCUCCAGAAACUCUAAUGCGAGCGCUGGAGCUAUUGAAUUAUUUAGCUGCCUUAAAUGAUGAUGGAGACCUGACUGAAUUGGGGUCGAUGAUGGCCGAGUUUCCUCUGGACCCGCAGCUAGCCAAGAUGGUUAUUGCAAGCUGUGACUACAAUUGUUCUAAUGAGAUCCUAUCUAUAACAGCCAUGCUGUCAGUCCCACAGUGUUUUAUUCGACCCACGGAAGUCAAGAAAGCUGCAGAUGAGUCCAAGAUGCGCUUCGCCCAUAUAGAUGGUGAUCAUCUGACGCUGCUGAACGUUUACCACGCCUUUAAACAAAAUCAUGAGUCGUCUCAGUGGUGUUACGACAACUUCAUUAACUACAGGUCCCUGAUGUCUGCAGACAAUGUACGGCAGCAGCUGUCACGAAUCAUGGACAGAUUUAACCUGCCUCGUAGAAGCACAGAUUUCACAAGCCGUGAUUAUUACAUUAAUAUUAGGAAGGCUUUGGUUACUGGUUAUUUCAUGCAGGUGGCACAUCUGGAGAGAACAGGUCAUUACCUCACAGUGAAGGACAACCAGGUCGUGCAGCUACAUCCCUCUACAGUUCUCGACCACAAACCCGAGUGGGUUCUGUAUAACGAAUUUGUACUGACCACAAAGAACUACAUCCGCACGUGCACGGAUAUAAAGCCUGAAUGGUUGAUAAAAAUUGCUGCCCAGUACUACGACAUGAGCAACUUCCCCCAGUGUGAAGCUAAAAGGCAGUUGGAGCGAAUCAUUGCCAAAUUUCAAACAAAGGAAUACUCUCAAUACUGAGUAUCGACAAGCUGAGCCAUCAUGAGCCGUGUGGAAGAGCUCAUGACAUUUUUUGUUUAGUGGAAUGGUUUAGCAGUGGCCUUUAAUCGCUUUUUAAUUUCUUUCAUUACAGUAAAUAUUUCAUUCUUAUUUGAUGAAUUAAAACUUUACAGUCUCCCCUUUGUGUUGAUGCUGUAGCUUGUACUGCAUAUGUUGAUCGGUGUGUUGCAGUAUAUUGGGAGUAGCUCUGCACAUGACGGUGUUAUAACCAUUUCUUUAGAAAUGAUGGAAAAUGCUUCUGAUAUGUGAUCACAGACAAUGUUCUGCAUGACUGUUGUAACUGUUGACAUUCCUUUUUAGAAGUUGUGAAAUGUUACAACUUGUGCGUCUGGAAACCCAACCAGCAGCCUCAAUACUGAGGCUUGGCUUCAAAUAAACUCUAUUUAUACUA